GUUGUUUGUGAGUUUUGUGGCUGUGAUUGUUUGAAAAUUUUGCUGGGAAAACAAAAAUUGCCACUAAUAAACUAAAAAGUGGUAAUUUAACAUCAAUAUUCGUUAAAUUGUCAGCAGGCGCAUCAACGGAAUACAAAAAUGGGUCCUACGAAAAUGACUCCCGAGGAUCAGCAAUUCAAUAUAUCAUUUGUAGCAGAGGUAAAGAAACAUCCCUGCCUGUUCAACAGCAGCAGUACCGAAUACAAACAGGUACAAGUUCAGGACAAAGCUUGGCAAACUGUCUCCGCAUCGGUAAAUGAAAGUGUCGACAUGUGCAAAAAACGCUGGAGAAAUUUACGUUGUUGCAUGACAAGGUACCUGAAAUCAGUACGCGAUAACACGGACAACGGAUCCAACUUCCGGAGAAAACCGUACUAUUUGUUCAAUCAUAUGCAGUUUGUGGUUCCCUACUUGAAAAUGAAAGACGGCGAAAACGUAACUUACGAAUCCGAAGAUACCAUUUGGCUGAAAAGUGGCAAUAGCGGCGAAAUCUUGAAACAUACCGAUGAGGAAGAGGAGGACGAGGAAGCUGAUCAAGAUGUCGAAACAAUUGACGUACAAGAAGAUGACCACCAACAGAUUAAGCAGAGUAUUAUUAAAUCAAUCAAAAUUCUUCCCAUGAGUCAAGAUCAACAAUCCCACGAGACCGCUACAACAACCACAUACGAAAUCAUCGAAGCAUCUCCACCUAAGCAGCCUAGAAUCGAAGUAGUCCAGUCACUAGCAACAGUUGCAACGCCUGUUUCCAGUACUCCUCAAAUAGCAAAGCAAAAGGACCCAUUAAACAUCAAACAGUACACAUACACUGUUGCUACACCUCAACAAACGGCGACCCCUCUAUACACAUCAACUCCGGUGGUAUCGGAUCCGCCUGUCGCUUCAUCAGAAUACAGCGCACAGCGGCAGCAAACACAAUACUCAGCUAAUGCUGCCGAUGCAGACAACAACUUCUUCAAAAGUCUCAUUCCUGACAUCCAAUCAAUGAAUAACGAUCAAAAACGGAAGUUGAAGAUCGGAAUCCUUCGCUUGAUUGAUGAGAUUCUCAGUACAACGUAAAACGCAACAUCAGCCGGGGUUAGGAAUCCUACAGUCGUCUGCGUUUUUCGUUUGUGCAUCUCAUACCUGAUCAGCAUGUCAUAAUUGUAUUUUUAACCGAAUUUUACCCUUAUUAUUUGUCAUGCUAAAUGUAUAUUUCGUCAAACUAUAAUAUAUGUGUAUGUCAUUGAAAAACUUAAACAAUAAAGAUUUUACUAAGAAUAAGUUACGGAUGCUGUCUGAUGACAAGCCUAGUAAGCUACAUUUGCUAAUUCAAUUCCUAUGCAUUGGUAUCAUGGUCAUGCUGAACGCUUGUGUCUGGCGAUUUUUUGUUAAGGCCCUUCAUUCUAAUGGGGGAACUCUGGU